ACAGCACCCUCAAGAAUUUCCAAGAGCAAAGCAACCAAACUUUAAAGAAAAAAAAAAGAAAAUAGUAAGAGAGAGAGAGAAGCACUUUAGAGAGAGAAUUUGAGCCACCGCUCUUCUCCAUUGUCUCGCGCUCUCUUCUUCUCUCUCUUUCUCUGCGAUCGAUCGCUGAAAAUCUUUGGAAUCAUCCUCGCAUUACUGAAAAUUCGAAUCAAAUUUUUUUUUUUCACUCUCUCUCUCUCUAAAAAAAACUAUCAGAAUUUUUUUUUUUAACUGAAAAUUUGUUACCUUUUUUACCCUCGCAAUCCAGGUCGAUCAAACUCGUCGACUCGUCCACACUCGAAAAACCCUAGUUUUUCGGUCCCAUUUUGAUCAUCAUCGUCAAUGGCUGCCAACAGCAACAACAGUAAUUCGCCUCGUCAAUCCGGGGACACCAUCGGUAGUCCUCAAUCGCGACGUGCCGCGAGGGCAGUUUUGUCGUCUUCGCCGUCGUCGUCGUCUCCGUCGUCACAGCCGCCGUGGACGCAAAUUGUCCGCGGAGAAUCCGAACCGAUGAUCGCUGCUGCUGCUGCUGCUGCUACUUCCUCUCCGGCCAUGACGACAUCGCCUUCGUCACCCGCGGCUGCGAUUGAGCCAGCUGUGCCCGCGGCUGUCGCCGCUCCGCCUCCGACCUUGGCCGCGGAGGAAUCGAUCGCGGAGAACUCGGAGAAUGGCAAUGGAGGAAAGAGGCCAGCCUGGAACAAGCCUUCGAAUGGAGCUGUCGCGGAGGCUGGGCAGGUCAUGGGUGCGGUUUCUUGGCCAGCUUUAUCUGAGUCCACUCGGGCUCCGGCCAAAUCGCCUUCCGAUUCAAUCAAACCCUCAUCAGAUGGAUCAUCUUCACCCGCUUCUCAGGGGACUGGAGCAACAUCUUCAUCUGCACAGAAACAAGUGAGUAAUAAUGCGAAUCCUAGUUCAACACCGAACCAUGUACCCACACGCCAGAGAUCAAUGAAGCAGCGUAACAAUCCAAGCACAUCCUCUAAUGGUGGCCUUCCUCUGCAGCAAUUGGCACCAGUUCCAGUAGUUGAAAUGGCUCCAAAUACCCCUUCGCCUAAGGACCAUACGCAUAGGAGUGGAUUUUCAUCACAAUCCCAUGGUGGUAAUGAUCAUCCCCCACAACGUAGUAAUUCAUUUAGGAACCGCAAUGGUGGUUCACAUCCGCGUGGAGAUGGUUCUCACCAUCACAGCUACGGAAACAGGCGCGAUCAAGAACGUGGACAUCAAGAUUGGAAUGCUCAUCGAAAUUUCCCUGGUAGAGACACCCACAUGCAGCCUCAGAGAGUUGUGCCUCGAUAUAUAAGGCCACCCCCACCACCACCACCACCAAGUUCUACGCCAUUUAUUCCCUCACCUGUGAGGUUUGGAAGUCCUAUCGGUUUCCCUGAACUGGCACCUCCCAUGGUAUAUGUUGAUUCGCUCAGAGGUAUGCCUAUUGUUGCACCAAUACCACCUCCUACAGUUUUUUUCCCUCCACCAGAUCCUCAGUUGCAUGCUAAGAUAGUUAAUCAGAUAGAUUAUUAUUUCAGUAAUGAGAAUUUAAUUAAAGAUACAUACUUGAGGCAGAACAUGGAUGACCAGGGCUGGGUUCCUAUUAAAUUGAUAGCUGGCUUCAACAAAGUUAUGCUCUUGACAGAUAAUAUCCAGCUUAUAUUGGAUGCUGUGCGAACUUCAAAUGUUUUGGAAAUACAGGGCGACAAAGUAAGAAGGCGCGAAGAAUGGAUGAAAUGGAUAAUGCCACCAGUUCAGCGUCCUAAUGUUUCAGGCCAUCAGACCCUGGGAAAUGAUGUCCUGGCUGGUUAUGUCCAAAGCAUGGCACUGGAGGAGAAUACUGCAAGGGCUCAAGCAGAUGCUGGUGCUGAGGGAUUCCAUAGUGGACUGUCAUCUGGGGACUCGAGCAGCCAGUCACAGCUUUCUGGUAGGGACGGAACAGAUCAGGUCGGUAUCCAAGCCGGUUCAGAUCACUCUAAUUGAGCAAGUAAUCAAAGAGAAAGAGAGAUGUGCAGUUUUGCACAUUUUCUAUUCAAGAGCUAAUUUUGGAAGAAAAGAGGGGGAGGGAGUAACUUGAUGACAAUGGUGAUUAUCUAGCAUGUUCUUGAAGAUAGUGAUCUUGCCAUGGCAGGAUUAAACAUGAUUUCUUGUGAGCACAUGGAAAGUCAUUAUUUACAAGGGGGGAAAAAAAAGAAAACCUAUUAUAGAACAGAAAGAUUAAAGCAGGAAACAGAAACCAAAAAAAAAAAAAACAUUUAUAUGAAUCGAGCUAGUAGCAUGGGUUUAUUGGGAAUGCAUGUAUGGUUUUUGUGGGGGUUAUGCAUUUUAACUCUUUUUUUCUUUUUUUCAAUGGUGGCAUGAUCAGUGUUUUCCAAUGGGGAAAUUUUGAUUUUAUUUCCCUUGCUGCCCCUGAGCUGGUUUUUUGAAUCUUUGGGGUCAGAUCACCUCCACUUUCAGGAGGUAUACAUAAAUUCUGAGAGUGAUGGAAGUGUGUUUGGUGGAUUCAUGUCUGCCUACAAUGAGGGGACGAGAGGAGGGUGGCUCUUGCUGGAAGCUGCAGCUCUUGCUACAAUCACUAUCAUUUUAUUCUUGAUCCAGUUGUCUUUUUUUUUUUUUUUGGACUUCCCUUUUGUCACAUAUACUAUAUUUAGAAUUACAUUGAUAUGUAUACCUUAUUUCUUCAAACCCUUUUUGAAGAAUUUACUGCAUAAAAAUGGUCCCUGAGGACAAACCUUUUGCAUUAUCCAGGUUAGGACUGGCUGUGAUUGGUAUUCAUUAUACUUUAAAAUUUGGAGCUUGUGGAACUUACCUGCUUUAAAGCGGAAUUUGCUUGUUCCUUAA